AUGGAGGUGGUGCCGGUGGAGCAAGAGAAGAAGGAGGUAGUGGAAGGCUGGUUGUACGUUGUGCGGUCCAAUCGAAUUGGAUUGCAGUACUCCAGUAAGCGCUACUUCCUUCUCCAAGAUCACAAUCUCAAGAGCUUCAAGUCCGUCCCUACUUCGAAUGACCAGGAUCCUCUUAGAAGUGCUAUCAUAGAUUCGUGUAUUCGAGUGACAGACAACGGAAGAGAGAAUGUUAAUAGAAGAGUUCUCUUCAUAUUUACGCUGUUCAACACUUCAAAUCAUAGCGAUCAACUUAAGUUGGGAGCCAGCAGUCCUGAGGAAGCAGCAAAAUGGAUUCACUCAUUUCAAGGAGCUGCUGUGAAGGGUGGUCAUAAUAUUGUAGGUUGUUCUAGGAACACCUGGCAGUCCUUCAGAUUGACUGAUUCUCGAAGAGUACAGCAGUGUAGAUCGAUAGAUUGGACUCUUUGUUCCACUUCAGCCACACAUACUGAUCCAGUAAAUGAUGUGAUUGCACCUUCAUCGUGGACAAUUUUCGGAUGUCAAAAUGGUUUACGUCUCUUUAAAGAAACAAAAGACAGGGAUUCUCAUGGUAAGUGGGAUGAUCAUCCUGCAAUAAUGGCUGUCGGUGUGGUUGAUGGAGCAUCAGAAUCCAUAUUCCAAACUCUCAUGUCUCUUGGUCCCACAAGAUCAGAAUGGGACUUCUGUUUCCACAAAGGAAGUGUGGUUGAGCACCUUGAUGGCCAUACUGAUAUCAUUCACAAGCAGUUGUACCGUGACUGGCUACCUUGGGGAAUGAAAAGAAGAGAUCUUCUGCUGCGGAGGUACUGGCGGAGGGAGGACGAUGGAACAUAUGUUAUUCUCUACCACUCUGUAUUUCACAAGAAGUGUCCCCUGCAGAAAGGCUAUGUCCGUGCUUGCCUUAAAAGUGGUGGAUAUGUCAUUUCUCCCCUGAACCAAGGAAAACGAUCUGUGGUAAAACACAUGCUUGCAAUUGACUGGAAAUUCUGGAGAUCAUACAUAAAAACUUCUGCAGCCAGAUCUAUUACCAUCAGAAUGUUAGGAAGAAUUGCUGCACUGAGGGAGUUGUUCAAGGCAAAACUAGGACCCUGUGCCCCAGAGUUUUCAUCAGGAGAGUUGACAGGUAGCGGAUUGAACCGGGCUGUCCUGGACGUAGGAACUGAUGAUACUGAAAUGAUAACCAAUGAUGACGUCAAGGCAAACAAGUGUCUGGGUGAUGAAGCAGAUAACGCUCCCUCGGGGCGUGCAAGCUUAGGAGGCCUUAAUGAUUCUGCUGCUGAUGAAUUUUUUGAUGUUCCAGAACCCUCUGAUAGUGAAUGCUGGAGUUACGACUUUGGUUCAGAAGGGCACUCUCAGGAUAUGCGUCAACCUAAGAUAUCUACUGCAGCCGUUUUCGUGAGGAAAUUGCAUGAUCUUGCAGUUCAAAAGAGGGGAUAUGUGGACUUACAAGACUUGGUUAGAGAAGACAAUCUAUCCUACUGCUAUGGGACCACUCUUCCUAAAGAUCAAACAUAUACAAUGCUCUCCAGCUGGGCAAUGACUGAUCCUUCAACCUUUUUGAUCCGCGGAAAAAAUUAUCUCCAAGACCAGAAGAAGAUCAAGGCAAGGGGUACUUUGAUGGAGAUGGUUGCUGCAGAUUGGGUAAAAUCUGACAAACGAGAAGAUGAUUUAGCUGGCCGUCCUGGGAGCAUUGUUCAGAAAUAUGCGGCACAAGGCGGGCCAGAGUUCUUCUUGAUUAUAAACAUUCAAGUGCCAGGUUCGACGACAUACAGCCUUGCAUUGUACUUCAUGAUGAACACGCCUUUGGAAGAUUCGCCAUUGCUACAGAGCUUUGUAAAUGGGGAUGAUGCAUUCAGGAACUCAAGAUUUAAGCUUAUUCCUUACAUAUCCAAGGGUUCCUGGAUAGUGAAACAGAGUGUUGGAAAGAAAGCAUGCCUAAUUGGCCAAGCACUUGAAAUGAACUAUUUCCGGGGGAAGAACUACCUCGAGCUUGGAGUGGACAUAGGGUCAUCAACCGUUGCAAGAGGCGUGGUCAGUCUUGUUCUGGGAUACCUUAGCAAUCUGGUCAUCGAAAUGGCUUUCCUUGUUCAGGCUAACACGGAAGAGGAACUGCCGGAGUAUCUGCUGGGGACGUGCCGGUUGAACCAUCUGGACGCGUCGAAAGCUGUUUCGUUGAAACAAUGA